GUCCCCCCUCCUCUCAGAUAGUGACCCGCCUUUAAUUAACCGCCUGUUGCCUACUUCCUCUUGGCUCCUCUUUCUUUUCUCUUCUUCAACCUUCAGCUCCCUCUUUUUUUUUCUUCCGGUUCUCUGCGAGAAUCUUCACUUUCCUUCACGUUGGCUUAACGUUGACUUUCUUUUCUCCUACGAAUCGACUUCGUAGCAACCCACGCUCUUUCUUGCCAACGCAUAUCCCACAUUCGCUUAUCAAAGAAGACAUUGACUGUCUUGAGAUUGCAAAACAGAGAAAUUCUCAAACUUUCGCACUCACUUCACACCACACACCAUGCUGUUCAACAAGUUGACCAUUGCUCUGGUCGCCGGUCUCGCCGCCGUCGGUGAGGCCGAGCACCACGCUCGUCGGGUCCACCGAGUCCGCAGCAUCAUCCCCAGCGGCUCUCCUCCUCCUUUGCCCACUAUCACUCGCACCAUUGUCCCAACUCCCGCUGAGCCUUCCGGAUCUGAUGCUACCUCCUCUUCCUCCUCCUCGGCUGUUGCUCCUUCGGGUCCUGCUGCUUCAGGCCCUGCCUCCUCGGGCCCUGCAUCUUCCAGUGUCGCUCCCUCGCGCACUCCCUCCAGCAUCCCCUUCUCUCGCCCACCUCCUAUCAGCACUGGUGUCCCCAGCUCCGGUGCCGGCGAGAGCGCUGGCUCCAGCUCCGCUGGUGAUCUGACCCUCACAUACACCGUGGGCACCGGUACCUCCACCAGCAUUGUCACCACCACGAUCCACCGCACUACUACGGAUGUGCAUACCGUGACUGCAACUGAAAGCCCCGAUGCCAAUGGCCACAACCAGGCUGGCAGCGGCGAGCAGACUACCACUCUGCACUCCACCGCCACGAAGACCGUCACCCUGGUCGAAGUUCCCACCACCUCCGUCACUGCUGGCAGCGGCGGCGAGGGCAAUUGCAGCCCCGCUACUGUGACCGUCACUGAGACAGUGUAUGCUAGCGGCGCCACCGUCACCUCUGCCCCCAGCAACAACCACCAGCAGGAUGGUAAUGGCGAGAACAACGGUCAUCACCACCACCACACCACCACCUCCACUGCGGAUGAUGACUCUGAGACGACUUCCACCGUGAUCGUUGUUCCUACCCCCAGCGCCACUCUGAUCCCCAGCCCCACCCCUUACGGCAACGGCAGCCACCCGAUCCCUUCCUCCUCCCGGGCUCCCUCCGGCUUCGCUACUAGCUCGCUGCCCAUCCCCUCGGGCUCGGCUAGUGUCCUGCCCUUCCCCAGCCACAGCGGUCACCCCGGUGCUCCCUCGGGCGCUCCCAGCGGCAAGCCCUUCCCUCACAACUUCCGCCGCCGCUACGUCUAAGCGACGAGCUUGUGGAGUUUGAUAGAAAUGACUCGCCCUGAAGGUGUGGUGUGUAACGCGAUCCUGGCGAUAAUUUAAGAGCGUUGUGGUCGUUUCAAAUUCUCUUCUUCCUGCCUUAGAUUUUUGCCUUCCGUGCGUCGCACGCUGGUGCUGUACCUAUUCUCAUAUGGGCAGAUGGGAUGGCGAAUUUUUCGAUUCUAAUCUGGUCGAUCUAUGCUGCCAUCUAUGUCUACGCAUAUCUUACCUUUCUUCUGCAAGGUGGGCUCUUCGAGAGAUCUCUCUGGACCGUCUCAUCCGUAUCCUGGGAUGGGACUUCGGGUCUUUCUCUUGACG